CACACUGCUGGAAGAUACUCUGUCAAGAGGUUCAGAAAGGCUCAAUGCCCAAUUGUUGAGAGGCUUACAAACUCUCUCAUGAUGCACGGAAGGAACAACGGUAAGAAGUUGAUGGCUGUUAGGAUCGUCAAGCAUGCUAUGGAGAUCAUCCACCUCUUGACUGACGCCAACCCGAUUCAAAUUAUCAUUGAUGCCAUUGUUAACAGUGGUCCUCGUGAGGAUGCUACCAGGAUUGGAUCUGCUGGUGUGGUUAGGAGACAGGCUGUUGAUAUCUCUCCUCUAAGACGUGUCAACCAAGCGAUCUUCCUGCUCACCACUGGUGCACGUGAAGCUGCCUUUAGAAACAUCAAGACAAUUGCUGAGUGCCUUGCUGAUGAACUCAUCAAUGCUGGCAAGGGAUCUUCCAACAGCUAUGCCAUCAAGAAGAAAGAUGAGAUUGAGAGGGUUGCCAAGGCCAAUCGUUAAGGGAUCGUCCUUUCCUUUAUGUUUGCAUUAUAUCAAAGAGUUUUUGUGCUGUUUCCAUUAGCUUUGGAUAUGUUUCAGAUGAUCUCUCUAUCUUUAAUGAAGUUUUGACGCUUGAAUCGACUUGGGAUCUUGAUCAAUCAAACAUUUUCAUAUUUAAAACUAUUUCAUCUAUA